AUGUUCGUUCCUUCUUUAGGUUUCUCUCUUCGCGAAAACAGCGUAACCUCGACAGUAUGUUGCAAACGAAACCAAAUAUCGGUGCAACCGUCUCAACUAAGGCUAGGGAAGUUCCUCGUGAUGAACCGUCGAGAACGGACUUUCACAGCGAUAAAGCCGGACGCUGUUCACAGGGGCCUGGUCGGCGAAAUUAUCAGCAUUUUCGAACGAAAGGGUUAUAAGCUUGUUGGUUUGAAGUUGGUACUCCCCGAUAGGAAGCUUGCGGAGAAUCACUACUCCGAACUGCGUGAUAAGCCAUUCUUUCCCGACCUUGUUGAUUUCAUUUCUUCUGGCCCUGUUGUGGCCAUGUGCUGGGAAGGCAAAGAUGUCGUUCGUACUGCUCGGAAACUCCUUGGAGCCACGAAUCCGCUCGAAAGUGAACCAGGUACGAUACGGGGAAGAUAUGGAAUUGAUAUAGGUCGCAAUGUUGUUCACAGCUCUGACGCCGUGACGACUGCUGAGCGCGAAAUCCAACUUUGGUUCACUGAGCACGAGCUCGUGGACUGGGAUCCUGCGGUUGCUCGUUGGGUUUAUGAAUAG